AUGCCCCGGGAAGAGCUCAAAGAGCGGAAAGAUGACAAAGAUCAGGACGACUCUGAUUGGUCAGUGAAAUCGGCGAAAUCCAAUCGGCCACGUGACACGUUGAAUGCACCGAGAGAAGAGGAGGAGCUUGAUUCAGACCCGAAUAUCGUUGAUAGGUUGUGGGGCCGUUUGCUACCCGACAUAGGUCGCGUGUAUGUCUUUCAUGGAUUCCCAUCUAAUCUGACCAGCAACACGUUGGUGAACAGCGACUCUCUCAGGCCUGAUUACCUGAGUCGUCCACCAGUGAUUCUGGACGGUCCGAAGUCAGUCGGAGGGCGAUUUGGUCAUUCGGUGGUCAGUAUGGGCGACGUGAAUGGCGCGACUCGUGAGAAAGGUGCGGUUUUCACUUACCUGGGCAAGAAAGACAAUGUUAUUUGGCCAGCCGAACUUCCCCGGGCUGCCCCCAACACAACCUGCGGAGAUUUUGAUUCAGGCCACCGAAUGUUCAAAAGCUUCGUGUGGAGUUUAUCUGCCGGUAUUGAUUUGGAUGGGAACCAUGCUCCGGAUCUGAUUGCUGGCGAUUUUGACAGUAAUCAGGCACGUGAUGUUGUUUUCCUUCGAGCAUGUAACACGAUUUGGUUUGAUUCUCCUGAAUGGGAUCUUCCAUUGGCUAGAACUUUACCCUGGUCCGGGCCAGACGAAACCGAGUGUGGAACGCAAUGUCAAUUUCGAGUUCAAUUGAGCGUCCGCGUCCAUGGAAAACCUAGUCUCCUUCAACGGCACCAGACCGAACAGUUUAAACUGCACGUAGCAGUUGACAUGGAUGCUUCGAUUGUGAAUCUGGUCUACAAGCGACUGGCGGGUGUAAGCGACAUGCAGAACAUCGGUGUCAGUGGCUUCAUGUCCAUGGGUUUGUUAGAGUCGGUCCUUCCCAUUACGAUCAUCAGAGAUACGUUGAUGAACAAAAACCGGAUGGUAUUGUUGUCAUUAACGCUUGAGCCUUAA